AUUCGUCUACUUUCUUCUAAUAGAAGAUAUAUCUAUUAGAAGUUGAAGCUCAUUGCUUUUAGAACUGACAUCUCACAGAACUUAUCUGAUCAUUUUAACUGAACCAUUGCCAAAAAAAUGACUUGCCAGACUUACAGCUUGUUUGUUCUGUCUGUCAUCAUGAUUUAUUUUGGACGUUUUGGACAUACCUUAAUUCUUGCUCAACUUCAAAAAGAUAUAGACCAACUGAAAGCUGAUUUUAACUCAAGUCAUUCAGAUGUAGCUGAUGGUGGACCUAUUUUUACAGAGAAACUGAUAAAUUGGACAGAGAGAAAUGAAAAAAGGAUCAUCCUGAGCCAGAUUGUUUCCAUGUACUUGGAAAUGCUUGAAAACACUGACAAGUCAAAGGCCCAUGUCAGGCACAUAUCUGAGGAGCUCUAUACUCUGAAAAAGAGCCUUCCUGAUGGCUUGAAGAAGAUGAAAGACCUCAUGGACCUGACAAACCUUCAGAUGACUGACUUGAAAAUUCAACGCAAAGCUGUGAACGAGCUGUUCAGCGUCUUGCAAAAACUGGUGGAGACUUCAGCUUCUCUCAAAAGGAAAAGGAGCCAGUCUCAGAGGAGGUGCAAAUGCUAAUGACAUCAUAUGACUUUUUGUACUGUUAGUGUGC